AUGCAUAUGUCUAAUAGAACAAACGCCAAUAAUAAUCGUGGUUCGUAUAAUUCACAAUGGGGUUCACGACCAUAUCGACGAGGUACCUACGAACAAAAUUACCAGCAGAUGCCGUCAAAUUAUGAAUAUGGACAGUCAUCCUAUGACAACUAUGAUAAUUCCAGUUAUGAACAACAACAACAAUCGUCGAAACGUUAUUCUGUUAAUCGCAAUAAACAACAAACAAACCUAAUUGAUAAUUCAUGUGACAGUUACAAAUCAUACCGUGAACCACAGCAGCAAUUCAACCGUUCAGAAACAUCGUCGAAAGUUUCAAAUGAACAGUAUAAUACACAAAAAUCUUCAACAUCACAAGUAUCAACGAAGAAAUUAGCUGCUGAACCACAACCGGUUAAUAAAACACAAUUGACUAACGAUCAGUCGUCCAAAAAACAAUCUGGUCAUGAUCGUUCAAAAAAAAUAUCUUCAUCUGAUGUGAAAACGGUACCAACAAGUACCUCAGAUGUAUUAUUAGUAAACAAAUCCAAAAAUGAUUCAAGUAACUCUCAACCGGUGAAAACAAUACAAUCUGUUGAUACUCAACCAAAAUCUGAAAUAUCAAAUUCUAAUUCGAAUACAGAAGAAAAUACUACUACCAAUACUCCUCAAGAAGCAACGACUUUAGAAACCAUUCAGCAACCAGAACCGUGUGAAAAUAUUGAUAAUAUUCGUCAGCAAGUUCAAACUUAUAUCGGCGAACGUUUAGAACGUAUGAAAUAUCGUAUAGAAUUACGUGAACAAAAUAUUCUUGCUGAACAAACACGUACGAAUAUCGAACAACAACAGGAAAUGAUGGCACGUUUAGAUUCCAGUAUAAAAAAGAUUCCUCCAUUUAUCAAACGUUUACGAACAUUAUCGGAACAACAAAAAGAUGCGUUACGUAAAGAUAUGCAACAAUUAAAUUUAACACGUUAUAUAAGUGAAGUAGCCAAUUCAAUAACAGAAGCUAAAUUAAAAAUGAAUGAUGUUUAUACAGCUGUUUUACUAUGCUCAUUAUUACAUCAACGUUAUCAAGAUUUUUCUAUGACACUCUAUGAAAAUUGGUUAAAAGUAUUACAACCACAAGCCAUAAUUGAAUCAGCAUCCGCAUACCAACAAGAGUCAAAACCAUCGUUAAAUUUAUCAAAAUUACGAGUUGAUUUAAGAUUUUUUGCUGAACUAAUAACUGUUCACGUUUUACCACAGUCAUUGUCAUUAAAUUAUUUAUUGUCACUACUUCAAGCCUUAGUUAAUAAUGAUAAAGAUUUUUCAAACAUAACAAUCAUUACAAGUUUUUGUAAAAUGUGUGGAGAAGAUUUUGCAGAUAUUGUAUCCAUGAAAAUGAAAUCAUAUGUUAACAAAUUGAAUGAUAUGGAUAAAGAUCUAGAACAACAAGAACAAAUUAGUAUACCAACAAGUAAUCAUUAUACGAAUGAAAAAAAACAGUAUAUUCGACAAUUAUUUAAAGAUUAUUAUAAAAAUUUGUGCGAUCAUGUUAUUCAAGAACAUAAAUCAAUACAAAAAAUGGAAAGACAAAUGAAGCGGAUGAUGGAAAAUCGUGGUGAAUUGAAUCAAGAUACACGUGAUAAACACGAACAAACUGUGCAGUCUUUUCAAAAACUUUUUCAAAACACAGAAACAUUAGCCGAUCUUGUAGAAGAAGCAAUACCUGAAUUGCCUAUUGAAGAAAUUUCUAAGAAGUCGAGUGAACGAAUCGGCAUUGAUAUAUACAUUCCAGGCAAAAAUGAUGAUGAUACUUCAUUAUGGGAAGAUAGCGAUACCAAACAAUUUUAUGAAAAUUUUCCAGAUUUAAGAUUAUUCGUACCCGGUUACUAUCGUGAUCCAUUAAUAUCAACGAAUGCAAGUGCAAACAUAACAGCUGCAUCAACUACAGAUGCAAUUGAUGAAGCUAACACUCCAAUGUCAGAAGAUAUUGAAACAUUAGAUCCCGUACAAAUUGAACAAGAGAUUGAAAAUGUUGUUUUAGAAGUAACAACAGCUGAUGCUGAUGUGGAAGAGGAAGAUGCAGUUCUUGUAGAUGAUGAUAUUGUCGAAGAAGAUCUUAGCGCAACAAAUAUGAAAUUAAUAAUGGACGUUUUUAUAAAUCAUUUACCAACAUGUGUUAAUAGAGAAUUAAUUGAUAAGGCCGCUCGAGAUUUUGCAACAAAUUUGAAUACAAAACAGAAUCGUAAACGUCUUAUAAAAGCAUUAUUUCAAGUACAACGUACCCGUUUAGAUUUAUUACCAUUUUAUGGUCGUUUGAUAGCCACAUUAAAUCCCAUAAUGUCUGAAAUUGGAACAGAGGUAGUGCGUUUACUAAAAAAUGAAUUUCGUCAACAUAUACGAAAAAAAGAUCAAAUAUAUAUUGAAUCAAAAAUAAAAACUGUACGGUAUAUUGGAGAAUUAGUUAAAUUUGGUAUAUUUCCCAAAUUGGAAGUAACACUAUGUUUGAAAACAUUAUUGGGUGAUUUUCGUCAUCAUAAUAUUGAAAUGUGUUGUAAUCUAUUAGAAACAUGUGGAAGAUAUUUGUAUCGUAGUCAAGAUACACAUAGACGAACAGAAAUAAUUCUUGAGAUACUAAUGAGAAAAAAAUCUGUUCUCACCUUGGAUAAUCGAUAUACGACAAUGAUUGAAAAUGCUUAUUAUUAUUGUAAUCCACCAGAAAAUCGUGAAAUUGAAAAAAAAAUACGACCACCAUUACACGAAUACUUAAGACGAAUAUUAUUUAGAGAUUUAAAUAAAAUAACAAUUGAGAAAGUAUUAAGACAAAUGAGAAAAUUCGAUUGGUUCGAACCAACGUUUCGUGAAUACGCAAUUAAAUGUUUAACAGCUCCCUAUUACGUUAAAUAUAAUUCAAUUCAUUGUCUAGCAUCGAUUUUAGCUGGUCUAGCUCAUUUUUAUGACGAUAUCGCAAUCGACGUUUUGGAUAAUGUAUUAGACGACAUUCGAUCUUGUCUCGAAUCGAACGUACCGAGAUACAAUCAACGUCGUUUAUGUAUGGUGAAAUAUCUUGGUGAAAUGUAUAAUUAUCGUGUUGUUGAUUCGAUUAUUAUAUUUCGUACGCUGUAUUUGUUGAUAACAUUUGGAGUUACUCUUGACAAUGCUAUUAUGAGUGAAGUCGAUCCGCCUGAUCAUUUAUUUCGUAUUCGACUUGUUUGUACAUUGCUCGAAACAUGUGGACAAUAUUUUGAUCGAGGAACAAGCAAGAAGAAAUUGGACUGUUUUCUCCUUUAUUUUCAACGUUAUUUUUACUUCAAAAAAGAACAUCCACAAUGGAAUACAAACACAUAUCCAUUUCCAAUCGCUGUUGAACAUGUAUUUGAUGAGACAUUAAUUACAUUACGACCAAAAUUUAUAUUGGCUGGAAGUUAUACAAAAGCGUGUGAGGAAGUUGAAGCGAUGGAAAAAGAAUAUGUAACAAUUCUAGCUCAAAAUGAAAUAAAAACACCCACUACUAUCGAUACAAAGGAUAAUUUGCCGCCAAUCAAUGAGGAAGAAGAAUCGUUUGGACCAUCAAUAUCUCCAAUAGAUGGUGAUGAAGAAGACGAAAAUGAUGAGCGAACACCUCGUCGAAUAGAAGAUGAAUACGAAGAAGAAGAGAAUGAUGAUGAAACGUAUAAUGUUCGUCGAUCGCGUUUUAGUGGUGGCAGCGGAGAGCGAACUAGUUGUGGAAGUGCUGGCGAUUUAGAAAAUGAUCAAAUGAAUGCCGACGAUGAACAAGAAGAUGACGAAGACAAUGGUAGCUCGUUGCAAUUAAAAGCAAAAAAAAUUACAAGUGAAGAAGAUGAUGAGUUUGUCAAAGCUUUCGAUACACUCAUAGCUGAAUCUGUUGCUCAGCGAGCCACAGAAAUGACCAAAGCACCAGCACCAGAUAUUGCGAUACCUGUACAUCUGCGUAGAAAUAAAGUUCUAUCAUCAACAAGUUUAAAUGUAUCCAAUAGCGAUGGCGAUGAUGAAAAUGAUCCAAUUGUCAAGAAUCAAACAACAAUGAAUUUUGUUGUUAUGAUGAAAAAAAAUAAUAAAUUACAUUUUCAUAACUUAGCUGUGCCGAACACGUCGGAAAUGGCUCUACGUUUGAAAGCACAAGAAGAGGCUGACCGUCAAGAAAAAGCCCGAUUAAAAAUUUUAACGUUGAAUAUGUCAACACGUAUGGAACAAGAGGUUGAACAGCAAGAACCGAUGGUCAACGUAUUAAAUCGUACUCCAGUUAGUACUAACACAAAUCGAACGCGACGAACGCGUUAUGUUCAUCAAAAAGGCGCUCCGGAUGCUGAUCUCAUAUUUGGAUCGAAAAAACGUUGA